CCCGGGGCCCGGCUGGGCAGCGCAGCAGGCGGCACCAUGCGCCAGUCCCUGACUCAGCAGCGCUCCAGCGCCGUCCCCCUGCCUGACUCCGCGGGGUCAUUCAAUAGAAGAAAAAGAAAUUCCCUCUACGUAACUGUGACUCUCCUCAUUGUGUCAGUAUUAAUUCUUACCGUGGGCCUAGCUGCUACAACAAGAACCCAAAAUGUGACUGUUGGAGGUUAUUACCCUGGGGUUAUUCUUGGUUUUGGGUCAUUUCUUGGAAUAAUUGGAUCAAACUUGAUAGAAAACAAAAGACAAAUGCUAGUUGCAUCCAUUGUCUUCAUCAGUUUUGGAGUCAUUGCUGCGUUCUGCUGUGCCAUAGUUGAUGGUGUCUUUGCUGCCAGACACAUAGAUCUUAGGCCACUGUACGCAGGCCGAUGUCAGUAUUAUUCCAAAAGUACGACUCCACCCGAGGGGAUCUGUAAUCCACAGCGCCGGGGACCUUGCACACCUAAAAUAAAAACCAACACCUGCUUCUGCUGUGACCUAUACAACUGUGGAAACAGAGUGGAAAUUUCUGGUGGGUACUAUGAAUAUAUUGAUGUCAGCAGCUGCCAGGAUAUCAUUCACCUUUACCACUUGCUCUGGUCAGCGACAAUUUUGAACAUAGUCGGAUUGUUUCUAGGGAUCAUCACAGCUGCAAUCCUUGGAGGCUUUAAAGACAUGACUCCCUCCCUUCCUACACUAAACUGUACAGUUGAAAACGCACAUCCCUCAGUGUCCUAUUACUCAAGGCCACAGGUGACUUCUUACAACACUUACUACCACAGCACUCCUCACCUGCCACCAUACUCAGCGUAUGACUUCCAGCAUUCCAGUGUGUUUCCAGCCUCCACUCCUUCUGGCCUUUCAGAUGACCCCCAGUCAAUGUCACCAUCUCCAAGCUACAUGUGGUCCUCCAAUGCUCCUCCUCGCUAUUCCCCACCAUAUUUUCCUCCUUUUGAAAAGCCACCACCUUAUACACCAUAAAGAAAAAAUGUGCUGUUGAAAUAAUUGUGAACAUUUUGUAUUUAUAUUUCAUUGAGGUGGAAGAGAACAUUACAGAAGACAAUUCUUGCAAGACUUAUGUAGGGGUUUAACAACUGUGUAUAGAGCAAGGAGGCCUCUGUUUUACAAUAUGAUUCACAGUAGUCCUUGAUUUUUAAGAGGUGCUGCCUGGUCGGAGUAUUGAUCGCAGUCUGCCAUGCUUCAUCUUGAGCUGAGCAGUCACCUGGAGUGGGGUUAGCCAGAACCAGGAGUUGCCCCAGCCUACUCUUUUGCUCUAAAGGUGAGGGUGCUUGCAAAUCAACUCUGAUGUUAAUUUUGUUUGGCCUUUCGCUUCCUACUGGCAGGACAUUGCUGGGCCAUGGAAUGUAGUUCACAUCUUUCAUUGCUUACAGUCUACAUCCUUAUCAAAGGAAAAUCCAAAGAAGAGCAUGAGUUUCUUAAAACAUAAUACAAACUGAUGGAAAAAUAAUUCUAUAGGAUAUGAUGUCCUGUAGUAGUCCAACAACUGGAAUAGCGCCUGCUGAAAGAGAGAACUGCACUAGCCAGGCUGGCUUGUUUCAGGAUGCAUCAUAAGGUAGGAGGUAUAAUAUCGAACAGAGUAUUGUUAGUUCUGGUAUGUAUAAAUAUAAAAGUCACAGUUUGGGUGGUUAUGUAUCAGCAAUUGGAUUGUAGAUAUCUCCUAAAUAGAAAGAUGCAGUUUUCUGUGUUCUGCUAAGCAAAAGCAUCCGACACUGUCCACAAGUCAUUUCAGCAAAACCAUGUGUUUUCCUUCUUUUGGUCGGGAAAUUUGUAUAAAUUGUUUUGAGUUAGCAUCCUGUAGAAGAACUUUUUUAGUGGCUGUAUUACAGGCUGCAUGUAAUGAAUUUCCACUAUUUGUUCUCAAGAUGUAAGUCUCUUGUGGAUAAAAUUCAACACCAUGUAACCGAUAGCCUAGGACAAAGUUGAUAAGAAUUUGCUGUUAUUGUUGUGUCUUUCUUUUAAUCUUCAAAUGAUAGUUGUGCUGAUCUAGAUUUCAUGCAAGUUUUGCAUGCAUCUUGCAUAACAAAAAAAAUCAACUUUAUUAAGUGGCACAAUGCUCCUUUAAAGUGGUUCUUGCCCAAGAAGUGAUUUCAUUUGGCAACUUUCUGUUCAGAACCACUCACUCUGAGCAUUCCAUCCGUUUACUUUGGGGAUAAAAAUAAGAUCUCUGCUUUUUACUUGCUAUACCGAAAAGGCUGAUUCUGUUUCAGCUCCUGCACCUAAAGAAGUGUAAACUGUAAGGCUGCACCCAUCUACAGCUGUGUCACUUCAAUCCAGACAAAAUGUAAUGGAGAGCAAAAUUUGGCUUGUAGAGUUUUAUGCUGUUAUGUGAGCCACAACGAAUACAGUUGGACUUCAGAUUGCAGCAUCUUUCUACUUUCAACCUAACCACAUGUGAGAUAGUGUCAGAAAGGAAGAUACAUGCGGGACCCACAAUGUCACUCCCAGAGUACAACCAAACUUUAACAUGCUGCUUUUAACCCUGUACAUUUGCAAAGCAUUUGGGCAGUUUUUUAGACUCAUCACUUCCCUGUCGGAUACAAGUCCAUCUAGUGUCAAACUAAAAAGAGAAUAAAUUGUUCAACCAGAAGCAAAUGUAAAACUUGUCUCUGGACAACGAAAUAUUUCUUCUUAGAAAAUGGUGGGAGGAGGAGAAAUACAUGCAAGAUACCCACUGGAUCUAAAGCAGUAGUGUAUGCAGAACAUGUUCCAGUAGACUCCCCCCCCCGCCAUUAUAUAUGGUUUAAAAUACAGCUCCCGUAAGUUUGGGCACCAGAAAUAAAUUAGCACACUAAUACCCCGUCUGUUCUAAAUUAACCUCACAGCUGUUCAACUCAAUCACAUCUUUAAAAGAGACUUUGCAUGCAUAUAAAAAAAAGUGACAGCACCCAUGGUACUACUCCCUGUGAGAAAUAUAUUGCAUACAUUUUUUUUUAAUAGUAUUUUACUUCUAGAGCUUUGAAAUAAAAGUUACAGUCCAAACCUCACCUGGAAAAUAGUAUACCAUUUGUGCCUAUCUCUAUUAAAUAGGGCUACAAGGCACAGGGGAUAUUGCAGGUCAGAACUAAGGCGCAUUGCACAGUCAUGAGGGGAGAAAAAUAACGCAGUGCCAUAAAAAGGAUCUUUGGAAGCAAGUGUAUUGUUAGUACCUUUGGCCUGACAGAAGCAGAAAACCUAAGAAAUUGUCAAUGCUUUUUUUUUCCAAACCUUUGAGCUUUUUAUUUAUUGUUAUAUGCUGGUAUAUUUAAGCAAAAGCUGCAAUGCUGCUUUAAAUUCAUUAUAAAAGGACAACUCAACAUUAACAUUAGAAGCAUUAUUGGGAUUUUCUGUUCAACUUGCUGUUUUCCUUCUGCUUCAACAACAGUAUAAACAUUGAACAUAAAUGCAAUGUUAUGCACUGUAUCCAUAAUGUCUUAUGCGAAUGUAAAAAUUACAACACAUAUGCAUCUUUUAUUACUUCACAAAAGUAAAACUGUGACUUUUAAAAAAUUUUUACAAAGUUGCAGUUUACAUUUUAGCAGCUUUUCUGAGUAUUAAUGUUGCAACCAUUACACUGAAAUUCCUUGUAUGUAACUAGGAACUACAGAAAAAGCUACAACAGCAUUUGCUAUUUUAGGGCCCAGAACUGCCAACCUUACUGGGCAUGGUGCUCACUACCCUUGGUAGUCCUAGUUAAGUCACUGAGCCCUGGUUUUGUAAAUUGUGUUGAAAGAACAAAUGUAUCCUAUGCAUUUUAUAGUUGUGGUAACUACAAUUCUGCAAUCCUUAUUCACAUGAGUAGUUCCAUUGAUUUCAGGGGCGUUACACUUAUAAGUGCUAUCCAGUGUGUGCAAGGCUCUGUAUCCUCUGUAGUCUGCUACACACAGAGAAAUUCUGCUGAAGAACAUUAAAAUGGAAGGCUUUAUUUAAAACAGAGGUGAAUAAUGUAAACAGUACAGUAUCCCAUUCGCUUAUUUUUAUAUUAAAUUCAAUAGAUUAUGCUGGGCUUGAUCCUGCACCACUCACGUCAGUGGGAGUUUUGCUGUUGACCCCAGCAGAGCAAGUCCAAUCCCUACAUGAAUGAGACGUUUUACUAAUGUUCCUGAUAUUUUCUCCCCAAACAGGUUUUGACAAGUUUCUGAGCAGCUGUGUUUUUCUUGUCAAAUCCUUUCCCCACAUCAGUUUUACUAUGCUGAUUAGUUUCAGAGUAGCGCCGUGUUAGUCUGUAUCCGCAAAAAGAACAGGAGUACUUGUACUUAGCACUUACUCAUGCAAAUAGUCCCAUUGAGUUUAUUGGGCCUGCUCCAGUAAGUAUUACUUAUUAGGGGUUGCAGAAUUAGACCCCAUUUCAAUAAUAAUUUGUCAACCAAAGUAUCAAUUAUCUCAAGAACUGCAGAUGGAAAAAUUCCAAACCAUAACCAAUUAGAGAUUAACUUAUUUGCAGCUUCAUUAAAUAUGAAGUCGCUGCACCAUGAGUUAACUGAAAUACAUCAGCUGAAUAAGACAACAAGAAGUUGAAGUUUCUAGACCAGUGCAACCCAAUUAGAAGUCAAGCAGAAACAUACUGGCUCAAAAUGCUUUUAGAUUGUGCAGUUUACAAUAUGCACCGUUGUUCAACUAAUUCAGCUUAAUAAAAGAAAGCUCUAAAUUGCAUACAUUUUGUUGAGAAUUCACUGCUACCUUAAAAAGUCCUACAUGAGACAAUUAUCAACAUUAACUCAUCUAAAGCUGUGUUUCUCAACCUUUUUGAUCCCAGGAAUUGGUAUACUGCCUUCCUAAAUUGUCAGGGAGACCUCAGGGGUGGGUGCUGGUCCACAAAUCAGUUGCUGAGAAACACAAAGUGUCUCAGAAAAGUGGAUUGCCCUUGAAAAGAAACAUUCUGCACAUCUCUAGAAUUAAAACUUUUUAUUUUUGCCAUAGAAAGCUCUAAGAACUAAUAUCAAUUAUCGGUUAAUGAAAAGUAGAACACAACUUUAAAAACUAUGUUAAGGAAAAGACUGUACAAGUAUAUACAUUACAGUAUUGGUAAAAAUGAACAAUGUUUCACACAGAACAGUUGAUAGGUAACAGCUGUAGAACCCAAUGUUCAAUGUAUACAGUUGUCAGCUUUUGCAUCUUUGUAUAAGCUGCAUGCCUUAACAGUACAAAAUAAAUAAGCAACCUAUCAAUUUUGUUAUCUCUGUAUUUGUUUAUUUAUAUAUUGGAAUGCUGUGGUAUGAAUUCCCAUAGGAGCCACACAGUGAGGACUCUUCACCAUCAUUAUUACAUUCUGUAGCAGAUCAAAGUUAACUUUUAUAUUUGUAAAAUGAUGUUUAGGUUUGCUACGGGAUCUCUGCUGAAUGUUGUAAUAAUUAUAUAAAUGCAUGUUCAGAUUCAAUUAGUGUAAAUCCAAUUUUUUUUCCAGAGCCAAUUUCUUAAUAUUUACUAAAUGUUUUGGAUUAAGUCAAACCGGAAGGUAAUGAUAAAGAUUUAAAAAAAACAAAAA